AUGAGCAACGCAGAAAUAAAGUUAUACAACCAUUCAGAAACUUAUGGAUUUUCAAAUCAGUUAGAGAGCAUUUCUGACGUAAAAAGCUACGACUUUUUUAAUUUUAAAGAAUUAAAACAUCUCGGAAAUGGUGGAUUUACACUUCUUUACUCUUGCGUUUACCAAGGAGAAAAGUAUGCAUUGAAAGAACUGAAUAAUAAUUAUUUGGAUAAUGAUAAAUUUAAAAAAAUUUUAUCCGAGCUUAAGCUGGUUGAUCAUCCAAAUAUUAUUAAAUUCUAUGGAAUUUCAAAAAGCCCACAAUGUAAUUUUAUGUUAGUGUUACAAUAUGCCAAUGGUGGAAAUUUACAAGAUUAUUUACGCAGCAAGCAAGAUAAGAAUGAAUACAAAACUUCGUGGACUGAAUUAAUUCAAUUUGCGAAAGAUAUUACCAACGGCUUAGCAUAUUUGCACGCCAAUGAUAUAAUUCAUCAGAAUCUAAAAGUUGCAAAAAAUAAAAGAGAGAGAACUCUUACCAAUAUACCUCCAGAUUACGUAAAACUUUAUGAAAGAUGUUGGCUCACUGAACUAGAAAAUCGUCCAACACUGGAAAAUAUCUUAAUCGAACUUGAAAGGCUAUCCAUUGAAACAUCUAUUGAGUUCAUUAAUGUUUACGAGCAACAUGAGACUUUCCAAUCCAUUUCAUAUACACCAACUGAAAAAAUUGAAAAAGUUGAAAGUACUCAUUAUAAUUCAUCAAAAGAAAACGAAACUUUUGAAAAUAAUCAUAAUAAUUCAUCGAAAGAAAAUGAAAAUUUUGAAGAGUGUAAAGGCAUAUGGGAAAAUGAUGAUGACGUAAAAGAAUGUCGCAGGUGUCAAAAGCCGUUUAUGAGGCUUUAUAGAAGAAAGCAUCACUGCAGACGAUGCGGUCAGGUUGUAUGUAAUCAAUGCUCUAGAGAACGUGUUACAUUGUCACCUGAUCAAGUUGUUACUCCAUCCGGAGUCGGAAUGACCAGCGAAUCUUCACAUCGUAUAUGUUCUUCAUGUCAUGAUUUAAUGACUGCAGGCACAGCUACUGAAUUAAACAUAUUAUUACUUGGAGAGACAGGUGUAGGAAAGUCUACUUUUAUAAACGCAUUUGCAAACUAUAUGAAAUUUAAAAAUAUAGAUGAAGCAAUGCGUGGGAAAAUGGAUACAUUAAUUCCAUCUCUGUUUUCAAUAGCAGAUGAAUAUUGCGAACUUAAAAAUAUUAUGAUAGGUCAAGAUGAUGAAAAUGAAUCCAUUACAAAUAGGGGAAUGUCUUCUACGCAAGGUUGUAGAAGCUAUAAAUUCCGUGUAGAUAAUAAUACAGAAGUAAGGUUUAUUGAUACCCCUGGAAUAGGUGAUACCAGAGGUGUAUACGCUGAUGAACAAAAUUUCGAAAAUAUUUUAAAAUAUAUUAGCCAAUUUGAACAUCUGAAUGGAAUCUGCAUACUUCUUAAACCAAAUAAUGCUCGAUUAACUGUAAUGUUUAGAUUCUGUAUACAGGAAUUAUUAUCACACCUUCAUAAAGAUGCUAGAGACAAUAUCGUUUUCUGCUUUACUAAUUGCAGGGGAACAUUUUAUCGUCCUGGAGAUACAUUGCCAGCGUUAAAAAAACAACUAAUGAAUCUUAAGUCAAAAACUGAUGUUGAAAUAAAGACCGAACAAAAUACAUUAUAUUGCUUUGAUAAUGAAUCAUUUAGAUUUCUAGCAGCAUAUAAGCAAUAUAUAUCAUUUAAUGAAAUUGAUAAAGAAAUCUACGCGGGAAGCUGGAAAAGAUCUGUUGAUGAGUCAAACAGACUUAUUCGAUAUUUUAAAUCAUGUAGACCGCACAUUGUAAAAGAUACUAUAUCACUCAACAAUGCUAGACAAAUAGUGAUGAGUCUUUCCAAGCCUCUUGCAGAAAUUUGCCAAAAUAUUCAAGUAAAUAUUGCCCUAUCUGAAGAAAAACGAGAAGAAAUAAAAAAAUUUGGUUCAACUAUUGCCGAUCUUGAAGGCAAAUUACACAUUCCGCAAAUAGACCUUGAACCGGUUCAAUUGAAUUUCCCUAGAACUGUGUGUACUAGUGCUUCCUGUGUUAAAACUUUGACCAUCGGUAAAACAGAAAUGAAAAAGAUUGAUUACAUAACGCAUUGUCAUAAACAGUGCUAUUUAAGAGGUGUUGAAUGUAAUUUAAUAAACAAUACAGCUCUUAUGGAAUGCUCAGCUAUGAAUGGAACCGAUAAAUGUCAAGUAUGUGGCUGUUCCUGGAAUAAACAUAUGCACAUAACUUAUGAGAACCAACAAGUCUCUGUAAAUAAAGUUGAUGAGAAUAUACAAAGUUUAAUCAAUGAAAAACAAUCUGAUCAAACUAUAAAGGCAGCAUAUAUUAAAGACCUAGAAAAUCGAAUCAAUCAAUUGAAAGAAGAGAAAAAUACGAUAAAUAAAAUUAUUAUACAAUUCGCACUAUUUUUAAGACAAAACGCGAUAGCAGCCUUCAAUGACGCAUAUAUUGAUUACUUUGAUCAUUUCAUAAAUGAAGAAAAAAUUAAGAAAGCGGCCAAUCCAAUGACUUAUAAUAACGAUAUACUUGAUGAACUCGAAACUUCGAGAAGAGAAUAUGCUGAAAAAAUGGAAACCAUUAAAGAUGCGAUUGAAGCUGACAAAGCUUCUUCAGUUCCAAUUACUCCAGAAGAUAUUAAUAAUUUAGAGAAACAAUUAUAUCAUCUUACAAUUUCUGGUCAAACUUUACAAAAGAUGAAAGAUGAAGCAAAACGUGGUCAAAUUAAUGCAAUGUAUUAUCAAGAAUCACUUCGUAAUAAUAAUAAUACUUCUAGAUUUUCAAAUAGUAUGCGGCAAAUAUUUUCACCUAGAUUUUAUAAAUUAAUAUGA